AUGGUCAUGCCGCGCCACACCACAGACGGCCAAGAGGGACUACGAGGGACUACGCCGUGGACUGCGUUUCAACUUUCAAAGGAUAUGGCGGAUGCACUGCCAUCCUUGAAAGAAAACCCCCCAGGAUUCCAACUUCUCCUCACUAUCCGCCUGGGAUGUGAUGGUAUUGCUACGAGGUUUGAAUUUCUAUAUGUAUUCGACGAGGAAGAUUCUCAGCCACUCACCAUGUUCAAGACAUCGCAAACCGUGCAGUGUGAAGGGUUAGGUGAUGCAUCCCAAGGAGGCAAGAAGGAAAUGGGAACAGGCGGAAGAGAGAAAGAAGAACCAAAGAAAUGCGGACCGCACAGCUAUCCUUUUAUAUCAUUUUCACUGCCGCAAAGGAUAAUCAUUGCUAUUAUCCUUAUCAGAGACUUGGAGAGGAGUGAUGCUCGAUCCCUCGAUAGACAAGGCCAGCGGCUGCGAAUGUGUCUGGGGAGAGAGGAGCAAUGGACAAGGCGAUGGAUUCCUACAACUAAGCGCAAAGUCACCACAUUGAGAAGAGGGCUGCCAGGGAAGUGGCUAAAGACAGUCAUAGUGAUUACCAAGCUAUAUGGAAAAGCCGGGACUAGUAUUCACAGCCAAGGUCGUGCUCCAUGA